GUAUUUUCAUUUACAAGUAAGUCUAUAUUCAUAUGCUGCUGUGAUCCGUUUUGUUUUAUCACAUUUUAUCACAACUUUUAACUAGUCUCUGUAUGCAUGAAUGAGGUAAAGGAGUUAUUUUCUGCAGUCUGUGGGGGAUCUGUUGUGCAGUAACUCAGUCUGAGAGGAGGUGAGGAGGUUACAGGGCAAGGGGACUGACUGGUCUGAUUGGGAAAGUCUGCAGUUUCUCUUUUCCCUUUCUGAUCGGGUCUAAACACACAGCACCAGCAUGUCGUCUCUCUCCGUCCCGCCGCCGCAAUGCCUCUUACAGCCUUAUACUGUCCCUCACCGCUACCUGCUCGGCCCGGGACCGUCCAACGUGCCUCCCAGAAUCUCCACAGCUGGAGCACAGCCCAUGCUGGGACACCUGCACGCAGAGACCAUUGAGAUUAUGGAUCAUGUGAAGAGUGGCAUCCAGUACGCCUUCCAGACCCAGAACCGGGUGACGUUGGCAGUGAGUGGGCCGGGACACGCUGCCAUGGAGUGUGCCAUCUUUAACUCAGUGGAGGCUGGCGAGAGCGUGCUGAUCGGGGUGAAUGGCAUCUGGGGCGAGAGAGCUGCAGAGAUAGCACAGAGAAUCGGUGCCAGAGUGAACACCAUCGUAACAUCUGCCGGCGGGUAUUUCACCAAUGACGAGAUUAAGCAGGCAUUAAUCAAAUAUAAGCCAGUUCUGUUCUUCCUCACACACGGAGAGUCUUCUACAGGAGUGCUGCACCCGAUAGAUGGCAUCGGGGAACUCUGUCACAAGUACGACUGUUUGUUCCUGGUUGACUCUGUCGCAGCACUGGGAGGUACUCCCAUCUACAUGGAUAAGCAAGAUAUCGACAUCUUGUACACGGGCUCCCAGAAGGUCCUGAAUGCUCCUCCAGGAACCGCCCCCAUCUCCUUCAGUGAGAGAGCCUGCUACAAAAUCUUCAACAGGAAGACCAAGCCUGUCUCCUACUUCCUGGACCUGAGCUGGCUGGCCAACUACUGGGGCUGUGAUGGAAAGCCUGUCCGCAGUUAUCACCACACUGGACCUGUCACUGGAUUAUACAGCCUGAGAGAGAGUCUCGCCAUCCUGGCAGAAACAGGCCUUGAAAACUCUUGGAAACGACACAAAGAGGUGGCAGAGUACUUCCAUAACGGUCUGGAGAAAAUGGGCCUGAAGCUUUUUGUGGAGGACAAGAAAGCUAGACUGCCCACAGUUACUACAAUAGUAGCUCCUCCAGGGUACGAGUGGAAAGAGAUCACAGGCUACAUCAUGAAGAAUCACAACAUCGAGAUCUCUGGAGGCCUUGGGCCUUCUGUUGGCAUGGUGCUGCGCGUGGGGUUGAUGGGAUGUAACAGCACUAAAGGUCAUGUAGACAUGAUCCUGCAGGCUCUGGCUGACGCACUGAAGCACUGUCACAAGAGCAGAGUGUGACCCCACUGCUACAGAACAGAAUUACUGUUACACAGCCCUUACAGAACUUAAAAACCUUUUAUUCUAAAGUAAUUUUUUAUAUUUUAAUCCAGAUUUCACUCACUAAAUACAAAACGUUGUCAUAUCAGCCUGAUCAGAGUUAAUAAAGAUACAGAAAAUUACAUUCUGCUUGGGUUCUUAGAAACCCCAGUUAUACCACCUUAUUAAAAUACUAUAUGUCCAAAAGUUUGUAGACACCUGCUUUACCACAGCUGCUAAUAAUCAAGGUUAAUAAUAGAAAGUUUGUUUUUCUGAUUGCUUGCACUGACAGCCAGAAAAUGCCUUACCUUAGAUUUAAUAUAACAAUUUUAUUAAAUGUUCAAUUAUAGAGAAAGAGAAAAAAACAAACAAACAACAAAAACAAGAAACAAAACUGUUAGAAGAGACAUAACAGUAAAUAAAAUAAAUAAUUCAACUUUACAUAAACAUAAGCAAUCAGACCGCUGCCUUAAUAAUAACAUUGUCCAGUAUUUACAGUACCGAGACGUGAGCAUAUUCAAAAAUAUCACAUACAUUAUAUGCUGUAGGAGAUGGGUAACCCAGCUGACAACUCUUAACAUCAAAAUGUUAAAAGGAUGUUUUGCAAGUUUUAAUGUUAAACAAAAUGAUAAGACAACAUUUAGCAUUACCUAAAAUAAUACAAAAUAAAUAUGAAUCAACAUUGAAAUAUUAAUUUGGAAUCAAAGUAAUGUUUGUCUUAUAAAUAUGAUCAUUUUUGUGAUCAUGAUUAUAAGCAUUUUAAAAUAUCAAAAGACCACUUUACUAAUCUAAAUUUAUGUGUAAAAAAAUAAUGGAACUAAAGGCCUGUAUCAGUAAUGUUUACAUUGUAAACUUAUUAAAAGUAGUUUCCACACA